GUGAUCCAUGCUCUUUGAGACCGUGUGCGCAUGGAACUUGUAGUUCAACAGCGACUGGUGGAUUUACUUGUACGUGUUUAUCGGGAUUUUCAGGAUUUUUGUGUGACACCCCAUUAGGACCGUGCACAUCUAACCCGUGCAUUCACGGAACAUGCGUCGAAAAAGGACACACAUACGAAUGUCAUUGUAGCCAUGGAUAUGAAGGUCAAAAAUGUGAUAAAGAUUGUAGGCGAGAUGUGGUUAUCAUGGUGGACCAGUCAAUUCCAUUGUCCUAUCUUCAUGACCACCCAGUCACAAACUUUCUCGUAAAUUUGGUUAGCAACAUGCAUAAUGUUGGUACUAAUGGAAUACAAGUUGCCAUGGCAGCAUAUGAUUCCAGCGUUCAUAGCAUUUGGGAGCUAAAUACUUACAAAGACAAAUACAUGCUGGCAACUAACAUUGGCGUCUUGAACCUUCACCAAAUCAACACUUCUCCUGACAUUUCUAUUGCUCUUAAUUAUUUAAUUCAAAAGUACAACAACGUAAAGCAGGUAACGGGGACAACCGGUGAACGCCCUGAUGUACCGGAUGUAGCUGUAAUUAUCACCGGAAGUACAUCUGACCGCGGACAGCAUUCUCCGAAUUCUGUUCGUUAUUUGUUGGCGCAGUUGAAUAGCUUUAAUAACGUUUCAACCAUCUUGGUAGGUGUAGCCAAUGUAGAUCGUAGAGUAGCGCAGGGCAUUGGUCACUCGUUGUAUGUUAAUCAGGUUUCAGACCUCAGUGCUAACUCUUUCUAUAAAAAUGUAUUGGAUCUAAUAUGCUGAUAAAGAAGAUUAUCAUCAAAUCAAAAUGAAAAUAAAGAAUAACAUAUUUUU